GCGGGCUUAUCGGUGCCGGGGUCCGAGACAAAGCCCCGAGGCUGGCCGGGGCUCCCUCCACCCAGGGGGCCCCACGUGCGGCGCCACACGCCCCGCCACGUGGGGGGACGCGGCCCGCGGGCGCCCCUUCUUCAGCGUCCUCGGGGCGCGCGGGGCCUCGGGGUGGCCUCCUCGGCCGGGCCGCGCCCGAGCGGCGUGGCAGGGGCGGUCCCGGAGUUUAGAACCGCUGUCACCGCGGGCCGGGGCAGUGAAGGAUCUUGGGGGCGGCCUAGGCCCACCCCCUCGCGUUGACAGGUGGGGAAACCUCCAGCGCUCCGGGGAAGAUCCGGCCGCCGGACCUCGGGUGUUUUGGGGGCAAACCCAGGCCCCGGCAGCCCCCGUGCUGGAUGGGCGCGCCCCGGCGUGUUGGAUGCAGCUGGCGGGCGCACCAUGUCAUCAUGCGUCUCUAGCCAGCCCAGCAGCGACCCGGCCGCCCCCCAGGAUGAGCUGGGGGGCGGGGACGGCAGCAGCAGCAGCAGCAGCGACGGCCCGAAGCCCUGCGAGGCCCUGCGGGGCCUGUCCUCGCUGAGCAUCCGCCUGGGCAUGGAGUCCUUCCUCGCGGUCCCCGAGUGCCAGCCGGGCCGUGCGGGGGACCGGCCCAUGGAGGCGCGUGGCCGCGAGGGCCGCCUCGACGCCCCCGAACCCCAGGCCCGGCCCCUGCUGGCCGGUCGCAAGCUCUCCCUGCAGGAGCGGCCCCCGGGCCCGGCGGGCGGCGGCAGCCCCGACGUGAACGGGCGCUGCUGUGGGGACUCGCCCGUGGGCUCCCCGCAGUCCUCGCCCCGGCUGCCGCGGCGGCCCACCGUCGAGUCUCACCACGUCUCCAUCACUGGUCUGCAGGACUGUGUGCAGCUGAAUCAGUACACGCUGAAGGACGAAAUUGGAAAGGGCUCCUACGGCGUGGUCAAGUUGGCCUACAAUGAGAAUGACAACACCUACUAUGCGAUGAAAGUCCUGUCCAAAAAGAAGCUCAUCCGACAGGCGGGCUUUCCACGUCGCCCCCCACCCCGAGGCACCCGGCUGGCCCAGGGGGGCUGCAUCCAGCCCAGGGGCCCCAUUGAACAGGUGUACCAGGAAAUCGCCAUCCUCAAGAAGCUGGACCACCCCAACGUGGUGAAGCUGGUGGAGGUGCUGGAUGACCCCAAUGAGGACCACCUGUACAUGGUGUUCGAACUGGUCAACCAAGGGCCUGUGAUGGAAGUGCCCACCCUCAAACCGCUCUCAGAAGACCAGGCCCGAUUCUACUUCCAGGACCUGAUCAAAGGCAUCGAGUACUUGCAUUAUCAGAAGAUCAUCCACCGGGACAUCAAACCUUCCAACCUCCUGGUAGGAGAAGACGGGCACAUCAAGAUCGCGGACUUUGGCGUGAGCAACGAGUUCAAAGGCAGCGACGCCCUCCUCUCGAACACCGUGGGCACACCCGCCUUCAUGGCACCCGAGUCCCUCUCGGAGACCCGGAAGAUCUUCUCUGGGAAGGCCUUGGAUGUUUGGGCCAUGGGUGUGACGCUGUACUGCUUUGUCUUUGGCCAGUGCCCGUUCAUGGACGAGCGGAUCAUGUGUCUACACAGUAAGAUCAAGAGUCAGGCCCUGGAGUUCCCGGACCAGCCCGACAUAGCCGAGGACCUGAAGGACCUGAUCACCCGCAUGCUGGACAAGAACCCCGAGUCCCGGAUCGUGGUGCCGGAGAUCAAGCUGCACCCUUGGGUCACGAGGCACGGGGCGGAGCCGCUGCCGUCCGAGGACGAGAACUGCACGCUGGUAGAGGUGACCGAAGAGGAGGUGGAGAACUCGGUCAAACACAUUCCCAGCCUGGCGACCGUGAUUCUGGUGAAGACCAUGAUCCGAAAACGCUCCUUUGGGAACCCGUUUGAGGGCAGCCGGCGGGAGGAGCGCUCGUGGUCAGCGCCCGGAAGCCUGCUCAGCAAAAGGCCAACCAGGGAGUGUGAGCCCCUGUCUGAGCCCAAGCAGGAAGCAAGGCAGCGAAGACAGCCUCCGGGGCCCCGACCCGCCCCCCGCGGGGGAGGAGGAAGUGCUCGUGUGAAAGCCGGUCCUGGAGCGGCAAGCUGGGGGGCCCGGGGCGCCCCCGCACGCGCGCAGCUGCCAGGGGACGCGAUGGAGCCCGAGUAGCCGCCCGGAGCGGCCGCCUCGCAUGCCACAGCCGCCUCCCGUCCAAGGGGCUGCCUCCGCGUUUCCGUAGCCGCAUGCCCUGCGGAAACCCAGCACUUCGUAGAGCCUUGAUUGUCAGCUCUGGUUGUUUUCUUUCCUUUGUCGUUUUAAAGGGGACAGAGAAAAAAAAAAAAAAAAAAAAAAGACUUGGCUCCAUCACAUCGACCUUGGCCGCUGGCUGGCAGAAAGGGAGGGCGUGAGGAGUUGCAGAGUCCGACCCACGUGCCUGGUGCAAGCCGCGUGCGAGGGCGCAAUUGCUUUUUUAAACGUUUCGAUGCCAAAAAUCCUUCAUCGUGAAUUCAGAACCAUGUCCAGGAUACCAAGCCAACGUGCACGGGGUGAAAGUCAUGACAAACUGGCAGAAAACUCUGCAGGUCUGAGGCUGCAGAGUCAAUUAAUGGCUGCAUUUGAGAGGGAGAGAGAGAGGUGUGAUUCCUGGUGCAAACCCCAAGGAGGCCCCUUCCAGAAUGUGGGUGCCAGGAGUCGAGCAGGGGUAGCUGCAGGGAGCUCCGGUGCAAUUUGUUCGUAAGGAGGACUUAAAUUUUCUAUGGGUAGAGUUGCAGUCGGGAAAACCAUAAGGGCUUGUAGUUUCAUUUAUUGCUUCUCGAAGGGGAUUUACCAACCCUGAAAGAGCAUUCGCCUCGUGUGGCAGGGAAAAUUUUGCCUAAAGGACUGCAUGUGUUUCUCUUGUGAUGGCUUGUCAUAGUGAGCUUCUGGUUGGCUGAGCUGCAGCACAUCUCUUGUUAAAUUACAAAACUUCAGGGUGAAAUCCUACACUUCCAUGUACAUUACAUGGCUUAAGAUUAAACAACAGAAUGUUUUCAAUUUUCUGAUGAUACUGAACUCUAGAGUAGUUCAACAAUUAUUUAGAGCUUCCAGGAUCUAUUUCACUGUUUCAGGCAUGCGAUCAGGGUGUAAGAGCCAGUGAAAUCUAUGCUUGUAUAUAACAGCUUAGCUUGUCUGCAACCUGUGUAUUCAAGAGACUGCGGAGGUUUUAUUUUCAUCUUAAAUACUAGCUGACUGUGGUAGUCAAUGAAAUACUCAUCCAGUUUCUGGAGGGCCAGUUAGGAUACUUCCUCUCCAUAAGACACAAAUGACCAUCACUGGCAAGCUUUGUAAGGUUGCCCAAAACUUUGGGGCCGUCUUUUAGGGAAGGUUGUUGAAAUCCAGGGCACUCCUCAGGGGUACCAGGGAACCAGGACUUGGUCCAGGAGAUUCCCUUUGUAGCCAGAAGUCCAGAAAGAAGGUUUCCCUUUGUGAUUUCUGAUCAACGUGAAGAAAUCUGAUUGAGGUUCAAGUGUGACUUCAACUUGGGGGCAGGGGGUGGGGGGCUGGAAGGAGUGUGCCUUGAAAGAGUCAGUUUUGUGGAAUCUGGUUUGGGGGAAAUAGAGUGUCGGAAAUUGGGCUCCAAAGGACACACUUUUCAGUAGUUUGCCUGUGAUCAGCCUUUUUUACGGAGCCCUGAGUUUUCCAUCCUUCAGUCUACCCACAGCCGCCCUGGGCAGUCUUGGCUUCCAUAGAUUUCUUAAGCUCUUGACUGUAGUUUAGCUGGACUUUUCUUGCUAUCUUAUAAGCAGUAUGGAAUUAGAGGAUGCUGGUUUGGAAGAGUAAAGGACCCUAGGUCUGAUGGAGGCCUGCAUCUUGCCCACUCGCUUUCUCUUGGUGACGUAGCACCUCCUCUUGCCCUCUUGCUUUCUUCUACAUUUAUGGGGAAAGGCCUGGAGAGCUCCACCCCUUCUGUGAGCAGAUGGGGUUUGGUUAGUUUGCAAUAAGCACCUUGUAAUGGUCACAGUCUCUGGGUACCCUUCUGUUCGUGUGGGCUCUGCCCAUGCAGGGCUUCUGUGCAAGCCCCAUCGGGCAAUGCCUUUUCUCUCGUCCACAGAUUUCCCCUGUGGACUACCAGUGAUCAUCUGGAUGGGUGGCUCGGGGAGGCCCAUGUAAUUUUUUUUUAAACAAAGAAACACCAAAGAAAGCUGUGGAAAGAAACUACUCCCAAGGAAAGUAUAAGCAGAAGCAACUAAAAUACUAAGCAUUAAGUUCUCACUCUUAGAGUAUAAACAUAGUUUUAAAAGCCAGCCAGGUGAGGAAAAUGGGGAAGCUGUGAUGAACGGCUUUUUUGGGUGAGCUAAAAGGACACCCAUCAGUUUCUUGUGCUGCUGGCAUAUCUGUGGGAUCAGUUUGGAAUAAGCAACCUGUGGCCUACACCCAAGGCCUCCGGGAAGGACCCCGGGUCUGAUGGAAGCACAAGUCCCCGUCCCCUGCUUCCCCCAGCCCUUUUCCGCAUCCCCUCUGGACCCUGCAGGCUGGCCGCUGGCUCCCGUUAGGCCUUCUCCAGCCCCACCGUUGGCACUUGGGGUCAGAGAGGCGUCUCCCCACCGUUCUGGCCUUUCAUGAGUGAGGGCUCCCAUCCUCAAAGCCGUUCCUGGAAGAAGGAGGAGAGCACAUGUGCAUUUCGAUAAACUGGCUUGCCUUUUGGCUCUCACCCAUCUUUCAGAAGUGAGCUUCACGUUGCCGAGUGGAAGAACCAUGACCUCCACUUGCUUCCAAGGUGCUAGGGAAGGUUCCAAGGUCUUCAGUUCCCAUCUUCUCUCCAGCUUUAUGGGCCGAGCUUGGUGGGACCGCUGACUUCUAUGUGAGUGAUUUAGUGUCCGGCACUGAUGUUUUAUUCCUGACCCUUUCUACUAUGCAUUUUCCUUUUAUCAGGUGUAUAAAGUUAAAUACUGUGUAUUUAUCACUUACAAGUACGUGGACUUAAGAGAAAAUAAGCCUUUGGUGUUUUUUCCACAGAUGUUUAAGCUUCUCUGUAAACUGAAAUAAACAGACAGCAAAAUGGUGCAAA